UAUAUUUUUUGUCUUUUUUUUCAGAUAAUCAGACAACGAUAACCCAAAUAAACAUAAAAUGCUGAUUUUAUUUAUUAAAGGAAAGGGGGAAAAAAACUAUUCCAAGCUACCUCGCCCUGUGUGAAAAAGUUCCCCCUCGCAUUGCUUGACCCUCUGUAUUCAAAAUCAGAUGUUUUGUGCAUCGAUUACCCUGACCCAGUGAAUGUGUCAAUGUUAGUUGAUUUUUAUUUUAAUUAUUGAUUUUUGGGGGGACUUUGUGUAUGCAACGGGACAACAAAACGCGACUUUUGAGCGGAAGGCUGAUUGUUGAAGGCUGGUGUUGGCUGGUAUCCAUGGAGACGGGAGCAGCCUUUGCCGAGUGCGAACAGGAAGAGGAGGGUCGCUUUUUUUUUUUUGGGGUGGUGUGUUUUGUUGCGUUUAGCGUUAGCAUCGGGCGCUCCAAGCCAUGGACAUCCCGGCCACUAUCCGACGACGUUUGGAGGACUUUUCCCGUAAUGUCUUCGUGGAGCAGAGGGAGCCUGGCCACACGUCGUCAGCACACGUCCCCUCUUCGUGUCUGCUUUUUUGUCUUCCCAGACAGACGCGUUUUGUCCAGUCUGCCGCUCCAGAUGUCUCUGUUCUUCAACAUGUGCUUCUUCCCCCUGUGGUGGAUCAGUGAGAUUGUCAUGCUGCGCCUCAAAUAUUCUGCUUUGCCUGACUACUACAAGUUCAUCCUCGUAACUGUCCUCAUCCUGAUGACUGUGAUUGAGGCCAUCAGACUUUAUCUCGGCUAUGUGGGGAACCUGCGGGAAAAGAUUGCAGAGUUGGCUGGAUUUUGGCUGCUGAGCAUCUUGCUGCAGUUGCCACAAAUCCUCUUUCAGCUCUUCAAUGAAGCCAUUCUCGUCCAGCCCUUGGAGAGAGGCAUUCAUAUCGUUCUAGCGCUUUUCAUCCUUACACAGGCGGUUGCUGGUUUUGUGGCUCUCCGGGACUUGGUCAGACAUACAGGAAGUCAAUUCCAUCUCCGCCAGUUUGACUGAAACAUUUGUUUAUCAACUUCGCACAUCCAGAGCACCUCAUAUCAAUGUCAUAUGUUGUUUUUGUAAAAUGUAAAAAAAAACAUUCAUAAAGAGAAAACAAACGUAUUUAUUUUUGUAUUUUGUUGACAUUUCAUGGGAUUGCACUAUUGUUUGCUGUGUUUGUAAAUAAUAAAAACUUGUGCAUACAUUUUAAAA